AUGGUCCUCAUCACGCGAGCCAUCUCUCUCACCAACUUCCUCGUCGCUUCGUCGGCCCUCGGCUUCCAGGUCUUCGUCCUGUACCCAUGGCACGAGCAGCUGUCCCACGACUUCGAGGAGCUUAAGAAGGAACACAUCCGCGUUCUUGACUACGUCAAGGGUGUCGACGCCGGCCUGAGAAAGGGACAAGGCGGUGCUCCCGCUGGUCAAUCUAUUCUGGAGAGACUGGGCUACAAAUGA